GGCGGCGCGCGCGGCGGCGGCGGCAGCUCGGCGGCGGCAGCGGAGAGCGCAGCGCGCAGCCCGGUGCAGCCCUGGCUUUCCCCUCGCCGCGCGCCCGCGCCCCCUUCCGCGUCCGCAACCAGAAGCCCAGCGCGGCGCCCGGAGCCGGACCCGCGCCCGCGCCGCUCCCGGGACCGCGACCCCGGCCGCCCCGCGAUGACCGCGACCGCAGCCCUCCUGCCCGUCCUCUUGCUCCUGCUGGCCUUCGGCCGCAGUGCCCAUGGAGCUGAAUGCUUCCCGGCCUGCCACCCGCAAAAUGGAUUCUGCGAGGAUGACAAUGUUUGCAGGUGCCAGCCUGGCUGGCAGGGUCCCCUGUGUGACCAGUGCGUGACCUUUCCCGGCUGUGUUAAUGGACUCUGUGUGGAGCCCUGGCAGUGCAUUUGCAAGGACGGCUGGGAUGGACAUCUCUGCGACCUAGACGUUCGGGCUUGCGCCUCGACCCCCUGUGCCAACAACGGAACCUGUGUGAACCUCGAUAACGGCCAGUACGAGUGUUCCUGUGCCCCUGGAUUCUCAGGAAAGGACUGUCAGAAGAAGGGGGGGCCCUGCGUGAUGAAUGGUUCGCCCUGCCAGCACGGAGGCAGCUGCGUGGACGAUGAGGGCCGGGCCUCCCAUGCCUCCUGCCUGUGCCCCCCUGGCUUCUCAGGCAAUUUCUGCGAGAUCGUGACCAACAGCUGCACGCCCAACCCGUGCGAGAACCAGGGCAUCUGCACCGACAUCGGGGGCGACUUCCGCUGCCGUUGCCCCGCCGGCUUCAUGGACAAGACCUGCAGUCGCCCCGUGUCCACCUGCGCCAACGAGCCGUGCCUCAACGGGGGCACCUGCCUGCAGCACUCCCAGGUGAGGUUCGGGUGUCUGUGCAAGCCCGAGUUCACGGGCCCCAUCUGCGGCCGGAAGCGCGCGGCGGGCCCCCAGCAGGUCACCCGUCUGCCCAGUGGUUACGGGCUGACGUACCGCCUGACCCCCGGGGUGCACGAGCUGCCGGUGCCGCAGCCCGAGCACCGCAUCCUCAAGGUGUCCAUGAAGGAGCUCAACAAGAGCACUCCGCUCCUCUCCGAGGGUCAGGCCAUCUGCUUCACCAUCCUGGGCGUGCUCACCAGCCUGGUGGUCCUGGGCACCAUGGGCAUCGUCUUCCUCAACAAGUGCGAGGCCUGGGUGUCCAACCUGCGUUACAACCACAUGCUGCGCAAGAAGAACAACCUGCUGCUUCACUACAACAGCGGGGAGGACCUGGCCGUCAACAUCGUCCUCCCCGAGAAGAUCGACAUGACCACCUUCAGCAAGGAGGCUGGCGACGAGGACAUCUAAGCAGCACUCCCACCGGCCCCUCUCUGUUCUCGGGGUCCCGCAGAGCUCACUAUAUGCGGUCUGUUCUCAUCUUUGUGGUGGAGUUUGCUCUCCUUUGUGUCAAAUCCGGUGAACGCUAUGCUUCCCUCUAUUAUCUUUGUGUUGCAGUGUGACAAACGCAAUGCCAGAAUCCGCUUUCUCUCUUCUUAAUGCAUGAUACAAAAAAAAUAAUGGUAAUAAUAAUGUCAUCUUUAAA